AUGGCUGAUUCCUUCCUAUCCUUCUUUCUCCUUCCUCUACUACUACUCGCCAUCAUCACCACCACCGCUCGAAACGUCGUUGUCGAGGCCGCCCCGGACCUAACCCUGCUCUCGUCCUUCUGCGGCACGUACCGCGAUGUCAGCGGUUUCAGGAAGGAUCAAGCCGGGAGAGCCGUGCAAGCUGCCGCCGAAUACACACUCCCCGACGACAAAAAUCAUUGCUCGGAGAUCGGCGGCGAGCCCGUCAUGUACAGUACGGCCUGGUGUUCGGAAUCCGUUUCUCAGGCGGAUUGCACCGACUGCAUCAACUACGCCGGAGACCAGCUGGUGAAUCAGAACAUCUGUGGCGAUCACUACGGCGCCCAGAUCACCGUUGUCAGUUGUUCAAUGAGGUAUGAGAUCAACCCGAUAGACGAAUGUCCCGGCUUUCCUUAA